AUGAUCAGAAGACUGGCUAGGGAAAGGCGAGAGUAUUUAUACCGCAAGGCUCUCCAACUUCAGGAGUCGACGUUAACUGAAAAGAGACAACAAUUAAAAGCAGCCUUAGCACUGGGGAAACCACUUUCCAAAGAAUUGGCAGAAGAUGGUAAACUCCAGAAGGAUUUCAUAUAUGAUGAAAGCGAACAACUAGAGAUCGAUGAUGAAUACCUGGCACUUCUGGGGAUUCUGGAUCCUCGUGUAAUAAUCACAACUUCAAGAGCUCCCCUGGUUAAGCUUCUACAGUUUGCUAAGGAAUUGAAACUUAUGUUCCCUAAUAGUAUCAAAUUGAACAGAGGUAAUUAUGUUAUUCCAGAUUUGGUUGCUUCCUGUGCUCGUACCUCCAUAACAGAUUUAGUAGUUGUCCAUGAACAUCGUGGUGUUCCAACCUCUUUGACUAUUUCUCAUUUUCCUCAUGGUCCAUCAGUGAUAUUCACUCUUCACAAUGUGAAACUCAGACACGAUUUGCCUAACUUGGGGAAUGUUUCUGAAUCAUACCCCCACUUGAUAUUUGAAAAUUUCACUACGCCUUUGGGGAAGAGAGUAGAGCAGGUUCUUAAGCAUUUGUUCCCUCCUGGAGCAAAGAAGGACAGUACCAGAGUGAUUACAUUUGUCAAUAAUGAAGAUUUCAUUAGUGUGAGACACCACGUCUACGUUAAACAUAGAGAUGGUGUGGAAUUAUCAGAAUUGGGGCCUCGGUUUGAAAUGAAGUUAUAUGAAAUUAAACUGGGUGUUUUGGAUAAUAAAGAUGCAGACACUGAAUUCCAAGUUAGACGUUAUAUCAGAACUGCCAAUAGAAAGAACUACUUAUAG